GUUCAGAUCGGUUUCGGUGCAACUACUGGGGGAGUCACCACGAUCGAGUUGCAUCCUCCUGCUGGGUUGGCCUGUCAAGUCCUCGACGCGGGCCACGUAACUCAUGAGUUGGACAAUAGCACAGCGCUUGUCAGUGAGCUGCCGCUGGCUGGGGGUGAGACGGCUCCCUUUGACGGUGACGUGCAGACUCUAUUUCUGCUGGACCGGAACCUUGACGGCUUCCCCGACUUCGUUCGAGGAGAGUUGGGUACUUCCGGGGAGGGCUCUUGGCUGACGUCGAUGGGAAUGACACACUGCCAGUACACGUUUGCAGCUGGCCAAAAGAUGCAUGCCGGGCAGCGGGUUUUCUUCGCUCUGCAAACGUUGAACCCACUGGAGCCCAUGACGCAGCUUUCUGCCUCUAAUCACUGGGAAGCGCGGCUAUCAAGCGCGGGCGAGCAGCUGUCGAGCACUACAUAUAGCCUCGCCUGGAACUUCAGUGCGUCAGCGGAUCCCAUGGAGUCAGACCUUUGGGUUUCGAACGUUGCUGUUUUGGAGAAGCUGUCUGCAACAAUGCAGCCGACCGUCUUCUCGGUGAACCGCCAGAACAUCCUGAACGUUUUCAUAUCCUUGGUCCAAGACCUGGGCCCCAGCGGCACCAUCGUGAUCGAUGCGCCUGUGGGCUUCGACUUUACGG